UUGUCAGCCUCUAGUUUUGGCCUUCCAGUCCUCAAAUCUAGCAAUCUGUUUUCAAUACCAAUAGAGAUCAAAGAAAAUCAGAAAAAAAUACCAUUUCAUAUGCAAUCUCUAUUGUCUAGUACAAUCAACCAAAGCAAUCCGGUACAACCGGUUUUGAACAUUGUAUUCCUUGAAAAGAGAAGCAAAAAUAAGAAACAGAGCAAGACAUUCUUAUAUUUAUUUAUUUUGUUAAAAUCACAGCCAUGGGAAGAAAAGUUCCUACAGGCGAAAAUCAGUCAAUCCAUCCAGUGCUAUUAUUGUCCCUAAUCAUGGCCUGUAUUGCUGCCACAAUUGCCAUAGUUUCAUCCCUCUGUGGUUCUUUAUCGCGAAAAAAAUCGCCUCCCUCGUCAGCUGCAAGAAAUAAAACAGCAGAAAAUUCGGAUGUCAUUAUUCCAACGCCAGAUGACGCAACGAGAUCAACAAUAGCAGCAGUCGAGUUAGGGGAAACCGCAGACACGGCUCAACAACAAAACACUGAAUUGCAACAACCACUGCCUCCUCCACCGGGCAUGCACCAUAUGAGGGCAGCUUCUUACCACCACUGGACCGAUUCAACAACAUCACAGGGGAAGCUAUCCUCAAGCAUGAGCAUGAGGGUGCUAGGAAGUGGGAUGACAUCAAGACAAUCAUCUCGAAGAGAGGACAAUGAUAAAAAGCGAGAGAAAAAAUUGAAGCACGAAGACUCAAUUUGGAAAAAGACAAUCAUAUUAGGGGAAAAAUGUAAAGUCCCAGAUGAAGACGACACAAUAGUUUAUGAUGAAAAGGGAAAUAAAAUCGAGACGUAUCAUCCAAAGACUCCUAGUUCAUUGCCACUGUCCCGGCAAACCUCAUUCCUUGACCCAAAUGCAAUUCCAAGAUGA